CCCAUAUCCCGCUCCGUCUCCACGCGCACACGGCUCCGCCUCCGCCUCCGCCUCCGCGCCACGCCCACCGCGGACGCCCGAGUCCAAGACCUUGCUGCGCAAGGCUGAUGACGCUGGCUAUAAAUUGACCCGCCCCCGCGCCGUCACUCCUCCCAAUCCCACAGCACACCAUAGAGCUCGAUCGUCGCCCACGCCUACAGUCAGCAGCGCCGCACGCCGCUCGAUCCCUGUUUUGAUUGAUGGCUGCCAUGAAGGUUGUGCUGAAGCUGGACGUGCACGACGACAGGCAGAAGCAGAAGGCCAUCCAGGUCGUCUCCGCGCUGCACGGAAUCGACCACAUCGCCGUGGACAUGAAGGACCAGAAGAUGACGGUCGUGGGCACCGUCGACCCCGUCGCCGUCGUGGCCAGGCUGCGCAGCAAGCCCUUCCCCACGGCGCAGAUCUUCUCCGUCGGCCCGGCCAAGGAGGAGAAGAAGGAGGGCGAGAAGAACGACGCGGGCAAGCAGGUGGAGUACCCGACGUACUGGUACCCACCGCCGCCGUACCACCCGCACCUGUGCCACCUCGCCGAGGAGGACCCCAACUCGUGCGUCAUCUGUUGAUCGACGCGUGCCGCCGACUCCCUCCCUUCACUAUAUUUUGUGGCUGGCCGUCCUGCCCGCCGAUCGAUCAGCUUACCUGCACCGGUGAUCGACGGCGUGCGUAUAUAUAUGGCCGUGUAAGGUGUGUAAGUUGCACCGGUGAUCCGGCAGCUGUACAACACACCUGCAUGUGCCUGUGCAUCUGCUUAGUUUGUAGUGUGCAGAUACAGAAUUACAGUAUGUUGUUGAGAAAGGAAACGCAUCAAGUUGUUCAAAGAAAA